UUUGCCUCAAUGAUAGUUUCCCACAAAUCCUCAGUCCCGGAGCUUCAGAGACCCAGUCAAGCCAGCUCUCCUCUCAUAGUGGCUCUCCCCCCAGGAGGAUGAAGGUCUUUGUGUCUGCCCUCUCCCUUCUCCUCCUCAUCACACUCACCACCACUCUCGGGUCCAAGACUGAACCCUCCUCACGAGGACCCUACCAUCCUGCCAAGUGUUGCUUCAACUUUAUCACCCAUGCAGUGCCAUGGAGCCGGAUUACAGAUUAUUAUAAGACCAGCAGUCAGUGUUCCAAGGCUGGAAUUGUCUUCAUCACCAAAAAGGGUCAUUCAAUCUGUGCCAACCCCCGUGAUGACUGGGUCCAGGACUACUUCAAGAACCUGGAGGAGUAGUGAAUGACCCAGAGGUAGCUGAGAAGGGUACAACUGAGAAUCUAAACUUAAAUGAAUAAUUUUUAAAAAGUUAAAUCCCUGGUCCUACUCUUAACUCAUAGCCCCUGCCACCCCAAGGGAUUAAAGAUUAAAUUAAAGAUCAUUCAUGCCUA